GGGAAUUUAAAUAGUUAGCUAUGCAGUUACUCCCACGCGACGGGAAUUUAAGUAAUUAGCUAUUCAGCUACUCCCACAGUGGGAAAUCAAAUUGUACUGUGACCAGAGUAAUUGAAAUGCAGUAUAACUUGGGCAAACCCUCACUCUGAUGUAUGUAUGUGGUAUGACAAAGUCUCCACUGGGAAUUAUUUCUGGGAACUGGGAAUAAGUAUAGUAUGACGGAUUUUUCGCUUUGGGCACACCCCCCCUAGAACCCGGCCUUGGCCGGGCUAUACGCUAGUAAUUUAAUAAAUACUUAACAAGAUGCAAAUUUGAUCGAUAUUAUCAUGUACACCACAUUAUACUUCUUCCAAUUGACAUGCUCUUCAUAAUUAUUCUAUACAUUUAUGAAUGCAUAACUGGAGAACUUAUUUUUAAAGCGUCCUAUCAGCACCUGUUGUUUAAAAACAAUUUUUCCAUCCAUCCAGGCAUAGAACUUUAACCUAUAAGUGGAACUUUACCAGUCUUCAAGGCCACAACAAUACAUAAUACUGUAUGUAUGUAAGCACUUACAUAAUUUUCUAUUCUAGUAAAUAACUCUUCAUUUAUUUCUACCACGUAAUUCUUCCUAGUAGAAAAUUAUUCCAUUUUAUAAUCAAUUUUUAACCCUGGAAUACGAUUUCUUUUGUUGAAUAUGCAUAAAUUAUUUAUUUAUGUAAUUCAUCUCCUCGUGCAUAUGCGUCUGUGUCCCCAAUCUAAUAAACGCACUUUUUAAAACAGCAAGCAAUUAAAAGAAUACCAACGUCAAACAUGUUUUGAAUGGCACGACGUGAUAAAUAAAUAUCGGUAUGUCCAAUUAUUUUAAUAGUCAGGAGGAAGUCUCAUAAUGAAAAAUAUUGAUUCCGUAUUAAUCUUUAUAUGACUAAUAAUAAGUAAUAUUUGGAUGAGUUAAAGUUGUUGGAAAAAUACAAUUAACACAAAUACCAUAAUAAACACUAAUUAAAAUCGAUAUUCCAACCCACACUCUUUUGUCUGUAAUGAGGCUGGUAAACUUCAACCUCAUUCUUUGUUCUUUGAAGAUCUGCUCUUAUUUAAGUACAUAAUACGAAUCAACUUGACUCAUUCGUAACCAAAAGAUUCGCAGAGCACCAAUUUUUGUGUCGGUGAUACAAUAUUUGGAGUGACAAGCUAUCUAAAUUAACUUGGAUAUCAAUUAAAGCGUCUAAACGGCAAUGGUUUUACUAACUGGACAUAAAGAAUCCAAAAAUAUGGCAACCUUCAGCAUCAGCAACGAUGCAAUAAAGCAACCGACGAGAAGGAAGGCGUUCCAGAAAAAGAUUGGAAAACUGCUACGAAUGAGUGAUUAUCGUCUCAGCAACAACAAGGAGAAAGGUGCUCAAGAACAUUUCAAUAGAAAAUCAGGAGGACAACUGUUGAACCAUUUUGAUAAACUGGAAGAAAAACGAGUACAAGAGAAAUAUAAAUUUGCUCAGGACCUCAUCCACUUUGUUCAGCAGACCCCGUCCAAAAAUUGUUCCACCCCCACGGAGCACAGGGGUCCAUCGGCUGCUUCCCUGUCCGCACUUUCUGGCUUCCCUUCAACCAAGUCAAAUAGGAAAAGUCGUCGUCAAGUGGUUACCAAAACUCAAGGUGAAGUUUCAUACACAAGCAAACGGCGUGGCAGUAUUGAACAGGACUUAAAAUCUCGCUCGGAACUAGAGAACAAUGCAGGAACAGUGGUUCAUGUGAUGGUUGGGCGAUUAGUUGUGAGAAAAUAUAUUCCAAAAUUGCAAAUAAUUAAGGAAGUAGAACCUAUUAUGGAGUCAGUGAGAGAAGGCAACACAUCUUUCUCAUCUUGCACAAGAUGAAAAAGAUCCAUUAUUUACUCGUUUUAUACUUAUGUAAGGAUAAGUUCAAUCAAAAUCCCAUGCAUGAGUAUGUAUGUAUUUACAUAUGUAUGUAUAAUGAAUGUAUGUAUAUUUAUAAUAUUUAAUAUUUCCACAUAUUAAGAACCUGUACUUGGAAAUGCAUAAUACUUCCCUUACAUAUUUAUGCACGUAUGUAUUUAAUUUCAAAAUAAAUGUACUUUUACGUAUUUUAAGCAACAUUUGAUAUACCAACAAUUAUUUUCCAGGGUGCGUAAAAAUACAUGUAAUACGGGGAGCAAACAACAUAUCGGCGGGUCUUCUUUUUAUAAUUUUCUCUACAUACAUAGUCGUUUAUAAAUACAUUUGCAUAUCUUCAUGUACUUAAUACGGAGCCAACUUUUUUGUUGUCCGUGGUUUCUCCUUAAGGUGCGUGUACAGGUGGGAUAAAUGUACCGGAUAAACGCUCCGGCUAAAAUUCCACGACACUUUUAUCUUUUCGGUAUGCUGGUGGCAAGCGAAAAGUUCAGAUAAUUUAUCUCGACUUUUCGCUCAGCGAAAAAACAGUUCUUUUUCGCUCUCAUCUGCAGUGAAAUGAUGACAAUUGUUGAGAUAAAUGUUCAGCUAAAAGUUGAGCUAAAAUCAUUGAUUUUGUUCCAUUUUACCCCAAAUCAGCAGUUUAUUCGGGAAAAAGCUUAGAUUUGUUUAUUUUUACGUUUAUUCCGUUGUUUGGGAUUCCAUGAAAUUUUUCAUGGACAAAAAACCGAAUCCACAGUGAGGCUAUAUUUUAAAUUUCAUUUAUUAUACGCAUAAAAAUUGAUUGUCCUCGACUGCACCGAACAUCAAAGAUGGAAUUAGAAAACAUAAAAUGAAUGGAGAUUGGACAAUGAAGCAAAUCAAUAUACGUAUAAUUAUUAAUUCUCUCUGAAGGAAGGAGGAUGAUUUACUAGAUCCUGGAACUUUAUUUGCGUUACUUAACUUCACAUAUUUAAGUGCAUAAUAAAUAAAUUACAUCGUUUACGUAUCUGCCCUUUGUUGACCUUAACUUCAAGUAUGGACUUAUUCUGUACUUUGGUCGGCGUUUAGUUUUUUUUAUGAUUGCAUUAAAUGACAGGUAACACUUGAUAAUUUCUUCGUGUGAAUUGCUUCUGACUCCAUAAUUUUAGUAUUUUAGUUUACAAUCCAGUGUAUAAUUAUAAUUUAAAAUAAGUAUUGUAAUUGCACGGAAAUAAAUAGAAAUUAUACGAAUAAA